CGAGGCCGGAUGAGGAGGCUGCGAAGGGGAAGUUUGGCGGCGGCUGUUGCUGGGGGCCGCCGGAGGAAGGGGCAGCGGGGCCGGCCGUCGCCAUGGGCAACCGGGGCAUGGAGGAGCUGAUCCCGCUGGUCAACAAGCUGCAGGACGCCUUCAGCUCCAUCGGCCAGAGCUGCCACCUCGACCUGCCGCAGAUCGCCGUGGUGGGCGGCCAGAGCGCCGGCAAGAGCUCCGUCCUCGAGAACUUCGUCGGCCGAGACUUUUUGCCUCGUGGUUCUGGAAUUGUCACCAGGCGACCUCUUAUCCUCCAGCUUAUCUUCUCUAAAACAGAGUAUGCCGAAUUUUUGCACUGCAAGUCCAAGAAGUUUACAGAUUUCGAUGAAGUUCGGCAGGAGAUCGAAGCAGAGACUGACAGGGCCACAGGAACCAACAAAGGCAUCUCUCCCAUUCCCAUUAACCUCAGGGUAUAUUCACCACAUGUCUUGAACUUAACUUUGAUUGACCUUCCGGGUAUUACUAAGGUUCCAGUGGGUGACCAGCCUCAAGACAUUGAGUACCAGAUCAAGGAUAUGAUUCUGCAGUUCAUCAGCAGGGAAAGCAGCUUGAUUCUUGCUGUGACUCCAGCUAACAUGGAUUUGGCCAACUCGGAUGCUCUCAAAAUGGCCAAAGAAGUUGACCCGCAAGGGCUACGGACAAUUGGGGUGAUCACGAAGCUGGACCUGAUGGAUGAAGGCACUGAUGCCAGAGACGUCCUGGAGAACAAACUCUUACCUCUGCGGAGAGGCUACAUCGGAGUUGUGAACCGGAGCCAAAAGGACAUUGAUGGUAAGAAGGAUAUCCGAGCAGCCCUGGCUGCUGAACGCAAGUUCUUCCUUUCCCAUCCUGCUUACAGACACAUGGCAGACCGCAUGGGAACUCCCCAUCUGCAGAAGGUCCUCAACCAGCAACUGACAAACCAUAUUCGGGAGACGCUGCCAUCGCUGCGUAGCAAGUUGCAGAGUCAGUUGCUGUCCCUCGAGAAAGAGGUGGAGGAAUACAAGAACUUCCGCCCAGAUGACCCAACACGGAAAACCAAAGCCUUGCUGCAGAUGGUCCAACAGUUUGCUGUGGACUUUGAGAAGCGGAUCGAAGGUUCUGGGGACCAGGUGGACACACUAGAACUCUCUGGCGGAGCCCGAAUCAACCGCAUUUUCCAUGAGAGGUUCCCCUUUGAGCUGGUCAAGAUGGAGUUUGACGAGAAGGAUCUGAGACGAGAAAUCAGCUAUGCAAUCAAAAACAUCCACGGGGUCAGGACGGGGCUCUUCACACCUGACAUGGCGUUUGAAGCCAUAGUGAAAAAACAGGUCAUAAAGCUCAAAGAGCCCAGUUUGAAGUGUGUUGAUUUGGUGGUCUCAGAGCUGGCCAUGGUCAUUAAAAAGUGUGCAGAGAAGCUUGGCUCCUAUCCCAGGCUGCGCGAAGAGACGGAGAGAAUCGUCACGACACACAUCCGGGAGCGUGAAGGGAAAACAAAGGACCAGAUUCUCCUGCUGAUUGACAUAGAGCUGUCCUACAUUAACACUAAUCAUGAAGACUUCAUUGGAUUUGCCAAUGCCCAGCAAAGGAGCACCCAGGCGAAUAAGAAAAGAGCCAUUCCGAAUCAGGGGGAGAUACUGGUGAUCCGCCGUGGCUGGCUGACCAUCAAUAACAUCAGCAUCAUGAAAGGGGGCUCCAAGGAGUACUGGUUUGUCUUGACGGCGGAGAGUUUGUCCUGGUACAAGGAUGAGGAGGAGAAAGAGAAGAAAUACAUGCUGCCUUUGGACAACCUCAAAAUCAGAGAUGUGGAGAAAGGGUUCAUGUCCACCAAGCAUGUCUUUGCCAUCUUUAACACAGAACAAAGGAACGUGUAUAAAGACCUGCGUCAGAUCGAGCUGGCCUGCGACUCCCAGGAAGACGUGGACAGCUGGAAGGCCUCCUUCCUCCGAGCUGGUGUCUACCCGGAAAAAGACCAAGCGGAGAAUGAAGACGGAGUCCAGGAGAACACUUUUUCCAUGGACCCUCAGUUAGAACGCCAAGUGGAAACGAUCCGCAAUCUUGUGGACUCCUACGUUGGGAUCAUCAACAAGUCCAUCCGGGACCUCAUGCCAAAGACGAUCAUGCACCUAAUGAUAAACAAUACCAAGGACUUCAUCCAUUCAGAGCUGUUGGCCUACCUGUACUCCUCUGCAGACCAAAACAGCUUGAUGGAGGAGUCAGCCGACCAGGCGCAGCGUCGGGACGACAUGCUGCGGAUGUACCAUGCCUUAAAGGAGGCGCUGCACAUAAUUGGGGACAUCAGCACCAGCACCGUGUCCACCCCGGUUCCUCCACCCGUGGAUGACACCUGGCUGCAGGCAUCGAGCAGCGGGCACAGCCCGACACCCCAACGCCGGCCCGCUUCGACAGUGUUGCCCCCCGGGAGACCCCCGGCUGUGAGGGGGCCCAUGCCGGGCCCCCCCUUGAUUCCAGUCCCCGCAGCAGCAGCAGGCAGCUCUAACUUCGUGGCACCGCCCAUUCCUUCACGCCCUGGACCUCAAAGCGCCUUCAUUGCGAACAACGACCCUUUCUCAGCGCCGCCGCAGAUUCCUUCACGACCAGCACGUGUUCCGCCUGGCAUCCCUCCAGGUGUGCCCAGCCGAAGACCCCCGGCCGCCCCAAACAGGCCUACCAUUAUUCGACCAGCUGAGCCCUCUUUAUUAGAUUAACCACCAACAUCCUGGAGAGCUGUUGCUUGUUAACAACCUUGUGGAAAGAACUCCCGCCUAAUCUCUUGUGUGAAAGAGUUCUCUGCAACUGUGAACGACUGUAGCCAAUGCCCACAUCCCCUCUCUCCUCUCUUCUCUUGCUCCCCCAGCAGUCACAACCACGGUGUCGGCAACCUUGGGAGAUGGACAGGUGCUGUUGGCCUGUGGCCCACCAAGAGCCCUGUGAGGCCGGGCAUUCCUUGCUGUGAUUUCCCUCUCUGUCCCUCAACUCUCUGGGCCUUGGCUAGGGAGGGGUUUGACAGCCAGAACCUUCUCUGGGGGAAGGGGGCAGGUAGGUGGUAGCAGCAGCUUCUUUCUUCACCAUCCUCUGGAUAGCCACGUCAGACCUGUUCCUCGUGAGAACAUGCUUUGUGGAUUCUGCUUUGUGGAGUUGUUUUGCACUUUGUUGAAAAAGAAAGGAAGAAAGAAAGGAACUCUUCCCUCCCCCCCCCUUUAGGUGAUUCCCUGUGAAUGCGUGAGAGUAAAGAGGUGAGUUUUCCAACCAUCCCUUGUGAGUUGAGCACAUAGAAAUCUCCUUUUCCUACUCUCGAUCGGACUCCCCCCACCCCCCGCUCUGGAGCUUGUUGUUCUUCUGUAUAUAAACCCUCUGCCUUAGAUCAGCUUUCUUUUCUCCUCUCUCCCCCCCCCCACUUUAAAUUUCGUUUCAAAGUUAGAUCAGUUUCCAUUUUUAUAGCUUUGAAGGCAAAGAAAUGAAAUGACGAGGAGGACUUGCGGAUCAAUAACUCGCUACUAAAUCCAGUCUACUAAACUGCGGCAAGACCUUCCCCAAGCCAGGAGGGAAGGCAGGCUGGGUUUUGAGCCUUGGGCAUCCUGAUGACCUUCAGGCUGUGCCACCCUUUCCUCUCCCCUCCCCCUGCCAGAAACCAUGGACUUGGCUCUCAGCACCCUGGUUGCUCGGCACUUCUCGCUUCCUUGCAGCAAAAUAGGGUCCCAGCGGCUGGCUUCAGGGAGACCUUGGAGUCCUUUGGGGCGCAAAUACCAGCUACCUGUUUCCUGGACAGUUGCAGCCUGCCUUAUCUUGUACGGAGAAGUGUUGUGAACGAGGGCGGUGGCUCUUUGUGGACAGCAGGAAGUCUUUCUCUGCUGCACCAGAAAGGGAACUUUCACCCCUAGAAAGAACUGUGGGCCGUCCUUCCUCAGCGGAGCAGCCGUGCCCCCCCCCUCGAGGGUGUGGUAGGUUCCCCAUGGCUGACAGAACUCAAUCCUAGGCACUACCCCCCCGGGUGACUUGGGCCUAGCAGGAGUCUGUGGGCUGCCGCUUCCUUGCUAGAGCCCAGAGCAUUGGGGAAGCCAGGCAGAAUCCUUCUCAGUAGGCCAAGCGCUCUGGGCGAUGGUUGUAUAUAUUUCUUCAUAAAAGACAAACUGUAUUAAUACUUGUAUAAAUUCCUAGGGAUUUUUUUUUUUUAAAGAGAGAAAUCAGUUGAGCCCCCAGCCCCUCUGUCAGGGAUACCUCUGGAGAGACGUCAGGAAGAGCAACACACGGCCACACACCACCUGCCUUAACCAUUUCCUUUUGGUGGCCUCUUCUUUUCCCACUUGGCGGGGAGAGCCGUAGCCGCUUGCUCGAUGCCCCCGGCGGGCCAAGGCCUUCCGCAGAUUUGAGACUCACUGUGCCUUUUCUACUUGAGCUCCGCGCUGUCUGCCCGCCUUCUAACCAGCGUUGCCUUUCCUGUGAAGGCCCCUCCGAGAGCUUGGGCCCUUCGUCCUCCCCCACCACUUCUCCAGGCCUCACUUCUCCAGAAAGCCGGCAGUUGCUUGGUUGGCCUGACUUGUACUCUAGAUCAUUUUUGCUAUGAUUUGCUUCCUGUUCUUACCAUGGGGGGGAAGGGGGGGAGAAAGGGCAUAAGAACCUUCUUUCCCUCAUCUUUAGAUGAGAAGAAAACCCCACUGUUUGACAUAAGUGCCUCCAUUCUGUAUACUAUUAAUUAACUAAAUAAAGGGAAAUUCUGCUGGUGGAAGGUCUCUGCCAUCUUCUGCUA